CGCUUCCUCCUUAGGCUCCGCCCCCUCUCCCUCCCUCUCUGGCCCCGUGAGCGUUUUCUGAAGAGAAGGAGCCGAGCGAAGGUGAAGGAGGCGUGAGGAAAGUGGCGGUUGCCAGCGCGAGAAUGCACACGAUUGGGGUUUGCACUGCUUCGCUUGGCUCACUAGGUCUCAUGCGGUUUUUUGGUGUCUCCUGGACAUGGAGUAUUGCAGCUGCUCUGGGCAUUUACAUUGGCAGUGGUGGCUGGACAUUUCUCCGGAUCAUCUUUAAGACAGCCUUGAGAGAUCUCCUGGGACUUUCAGUGCUUCUACGUGUCAAAUAUAAAUUGUACUAUCACCGGAAAGCCAAGAGUAAUGUCCCCAAGAUAUUUCAGGAUGUAGUCCACCGACAUCCAGACAAAGUGGCCUUGAUAUAUGAAGCUACGGACGAUAAAUGGACAUUUCGCCGUUUGGAUGAGUAUUCCAAUGCUGUAGCCAACUUCUUCUACCAGCAGGGUUAUCGUGCUGGUGACGUCAUUGCUAUUUUUAUGGAGAGUCGACCUGAGUUUGUGGGCUUCUGGCUAGGGAUGGCCAAAGUGGGCAUCGAGCCCGCCCUCAUCAACUUCAACUUGCGUCUCGAUUCACUAACUUAUUGCGUCAAAACCUCUGGGGCGAAAGUAAUCAUCUUUGGUGGAGAGCUUUCAGCAGCUAUAUCUGAAGUGAAUGGAGUGCUGGGGAAAAACAUGGUCAAGUUCUGUUCUGGAGAAUUCAGACCUGAAUCUGUCCCUCCAGACACCAAACAUUUGGAUCCACUUCUGGCCAAGGCAUCAACGUCUCCUCCAGCUCAAGUUCCAGCCAAGGGAUUAGAUGAUCGGCUGUUCUACAUCUACACUUCUGGCACAACUGGAAUGCCAAAGGCUGCCAUUGUGGUGCACAGCAGGUACUACCGAAUAGCAGCUUUUGGUUAUUAUGCUUACAGAAUGACCCCCCAGGACAUAAUCUAUAACUGCCUGCCACUGUAUCACUCAGCAGGGAAUAUCAUGGGUGCUGGCCAGUGUGUGAUCCAUGGCCUGACUGUAGUGAUUCGGAAGAAAUUUUCUGCCAGUCGCUUCUGGGACGACUGUGUGAAGUACAAGUGCACAAUUAUCCAGUAUAUUGGAGAGAUCUGCAGGUACUUGUUGAACCAGCCAGUGCGGGAGGCAGAAACACAGCACCAAGUGCGGCUGGCAAUAGGAAAUGGCUUGAGGCCCACUAUCUGGGAAGAUUUCACUCAGCGCUUCCGAAUUAAACAGAUUGGGGAAUUUUAUGGGGCUACAGAGUGUAACUGCAGCAUUGCUAAUCUGGAUGGAAAGGUUGGUGCCUGUGGGUUCAACAGCCGGAUUUUGCCAAAUGUGUAUCCCAUCCGACUGGUGAAAGUAAAUGAAGAUACCAUGGAACUGAUACGGAGUUCAAAUGGACUCUGUAUCUCCUGUCGUCCAGGAGAGCCAGGCCUGCUUGUGGGCCGAAUAAACCAGGAGGACCCCUUGCGUCGUUUUGAUGGCUAUGUUAAUGAGAAUGCAACUAACAAGAAAAUAGCCUACAAUGUCUUCAAGAAAGGGGACCAGGCUUACCUUUCAGGAGAUGUACUUGUGAUGGAUGAGCUUGGUUACAUGUACUUCAAAGACCGGAGCGGAGACACCUUCCGUUGGCGAGGGGAGAACGUCUCCACCACUGAGAUUGAGGGAAUCCUGAGCCACAUUCUCAGCAAGACAGACGUGGCAGUGUAUGGGGUGGAGGUGCCAGGAGUUGAAGGCAAGGCUGGAAUGGCAGCUAUUGCUGAUCCAGAAGCGAAGCUGAAUCCUAAUGUACUAUUCUUGGAAAUGCAGAAAGUUCUCCCUCCUUAUGCACGGCCCAUUUUCCUCCGACUCUUGCCACAGGUUGAUACCACAGGCACUUUCAAAAUUCAGAAGACCCGUUUGCAAAGAGAAGGCUACAACCCACAUCAGACAUCGGAUAGGUUAUAUUUCUUGGAUGUCAAGCUUGGCAAAUACUUGCAAGUGGACGAGUGUUUGUUUGAAAGGAUACAAGCCGGGAAGGUGUCUCUGUGAGUUCAUCGUCAAAGGCUACGGAAGAGGAAAUUGAUGCCAGAGGGCCCUGCUUGCGUAGGCAAACAGACUUGUCUUAAUAAGUGAAGCAAGGUUUUUAUUCCCAACCUACACAACUGAGGCAAAACCUAUGGUGGUGUGGAAGUAGCCCUCACUCCACUCCCCAUUUUUUAAAAAGACACCAUAGCUAUUUCCUAAGCAAAGGUCCCUUUUCUAUUUUUCAGUUCUUAGAAUGGUGUUUUUCAUCUUCAUAACCAUUACAUUGGGGGACUCAGUAUGAAACAGGAAGGGUUUAUUAUUUUAAAACCCUCAGUAUUAAUGGGUGUGGCUGAGCCUCCAAAAACACCAUUCAGGCAGCAAACUGCUGUGUCUGUUGACUUGAGUUUCAGUACUUUGAGGCAGCAGCCUAAUUUUUUUAGGAUUUCGAGAUUCUUUAGUCCUUUGGUUGUCUCCACUAUGAGAUCUGCCCUAGGUUUAUAUGAGAUUUUAAUGGACUAGCUGACUUGUCAAAAUACAGCAUCUUCCAACUGCAGUCUUUGGUCUCUUAAAAAACAUCAAUAACAUACUAAUAUUGAUGAAAUAACAAUGUGGGUGUUUUAUGGAUGUUAAAGCCGAAACAAAUUUGUGCAGAAAAAAGCCUAACAUGUCCUUGGUAUUGCCGAAGGAGUGUGAACAUCGACAAAACAUCAGCUCAUUAUUUGUCUUCAAUUUCUCUGCCUACUCACAUUGGUUUAAAUUGCAGUUCUUAUGCCGUUUCUUUUGUUAUUUCAAAUAAUUGUUUGUAGCUGAUCCAAAAUCUUGGGAAAAGGUUUGAUAACUUCAUGAACCAUGUUUAGGCUUCCUAAUUUGACCUGCGUAGGAGUCAUGUCAACUGACCAGACAAUGUGCCUCAUACCAUUCACACUAUUCACCUCCUGUUAGGACAAGAUUGCAGGUAUUUUUAAUUUCUAAUAUUGUGACUAUCCAUUUUUGACAAGAAGAAGAUAAAAGGGAGUGUUGAGUUGUCUGUGUGGCCACAUGUUCAAAGAUGCUGUAACCCUUGUGAUCAUGUUGAUGUCCAUUAUCACUGAGCACAGAACUAUAUCACUGCCAGUGCAGAUAUUCCUAGGAUAUCCUAGGAAGACUUACUGAUUUCAUUAUUUAACAUGGUUAGAAUGUUCUAGUUCAUAUCUUUCUGUGCCCUGAACCACUGUAGUUGUGACUAAUGAACUUUUCCUCAUUUGGGGCAGGAAUAGAACUUUGCAUAAAGGCGUUUUACAAACACCUCUGCAGAACAACGCUGUGUUGUAUUACUAAAUGGACACUGCUAGAAAAGUCAUUUCUAGGUAACAGUUGAGAAACCAGUGGGGUGUCUGACCCUGUUUUUUAUUAGACCCAGAAUGUGCCUUUUAUAACUUCUCAUCAGAACUAAACAAAACAGAUUAAUAUUUGUAAUAAACUUAGCAGUAUCAUUAACCGUUGGUUAAAACAAAGGCACCUGUACCUAACUGAGCCCCACUGUUUGGAGAAAAAAGGUAAUAGUAUUUUUUUAAUGUAAUUCAUUCCUGAUUUGAAUGAAAUCAUGCACUGACUAACUUGGUUAUUUGAAGCAAAGUUACAUUUUCAGAUGCGGUCACUAUGUUCAAAAUAUAACUUUGUUUUGGAGAACUGUUAAAAGAAUAAAUUCACCUUGAAAGCACA